AUGUAUAAGAUGAUUCGUGAGAGUAACGUUAGGUACAAUGCCAUAUCUUUAUUAACUCAGCUUGGGAAAGAGCAUUGGGCACUACUACUUGGGAGCAGAGAGGUUUUAAAUGGUGUUGGUGAUGAAAAGACGGAGCGUUUGGAGAGUGAAAACAUUGAGCGUGGAGGUGGUGAAGGAGAAAAGGAGAAUGGGGACUUUAGAGAUGUUGAAGGAGUGGGGUGUCUGGAGAAUGACAAAGAGAAUGAACAACAUGCAUCAGACGAGGAGGGGACAAUGGGUGCACAAGAAGACGAGGAACAUGAGUCAAGUUUUGAUAAAGGGGACCAAAUUGCUGCUCGGGAGCUGAAGGGUUACUUGUUAGAGAUUCAACGACGAAUCGACCCUUCUACUAGGCAAGUGCAAGAACCUAACAAUGCAAUCGAUCACUCUGUAAAUUUCAAUCCUCAGCCUUCAAGGGUUAAUAGGAGUGGAGCAAGCGGUCAAGACUAUAUUGAAACACCGCAACAGGAUAAUGCAAGUGAGAAAGGUUCGAGGAGUCAGGGAACAUGGUCUGGAAGAGUUCGGCCUCGUCUAUCUAACCUGUUGAAGAAGACAAAUUCCCCUGUCAGAAGGACAAACAAAUACUGGACGCCUGAAGAAGUGGAAGCUCUGAGGGAAGGAGUAAAAGAGUAUGGUAAAUCAUGGAAAGCUAUAAAGAAUGCAAAUCCUACAGUACUCGGUGACAGGACUGAGGUGGAUUUGAAGGAUAAAUGGAGGAACUUAGUUCGGUAUGGGUAA